AUGCCACAGCACGACCAACCGGACAAGAAGCCAAGGCUUCAGCACGCCGAUCUUUCCGAAUCUAAUCUUACCGAACAGGAAAAGCAACGUGAACGUCAAAGACGAUGGCUCGCCAACGAGAAGCGUGAUCCUGCUCGGGCGCAAGAGAUCAAGGAAAGGAACACAGCCAACAAACGUGCAUGGAGAAAGCAAAAGAAGGAGAAAAAGGAGAAGGCCGACCAAACAGGCAACGCAGGCCCCGCCGAAGGACAAGGUCCUGCGAAGAAACAGCGUGUUUCCUCUCCCGAAACACAUGCUGAGGCGGGACCGUACAACUCAGCCCCAGACGAUAUCCCUAUCGACCCAAUCCUCCUCAACCAGGGGGAAACCCUUCCUCAGGCGGGACCUUCUAACUCAGGCCCGGACCAUAUCCCUAUCGACCCACUUCUCCUCAACCAGGAGAUUGCCGCACCUACUCCGACUCUCCCUCUAAUGCGCGAUGCUGAGGUGAUGACAGAUGCGCCGGAACCUCUGCACGAUGCUGAGGUGAUGACGGAUGCUCCGGAACCUUUCGUCAAUCUGCCUGUCGAAAUCAUCCCUGUACCUCCUUUGCCUACCUUCUCUACCCUUACCAAUCUCGACUCUCGCGACCGGGCGACUCCCAUUAUCGGCACUCAAGUACACAAAAAAUCAGACACCAUCGACUGGUCUGAUGGAUCCACGAUGGUACUACCGUGCAUCAUGAGGGAUGGUGUCAAUAUAUGCCAAGAAGACGCCGACACAGUGGCUUUCUUUGCUUCUCUCCAGGAAUCGCUUCCAGAGACUUCUAAAAACAUCGUGCAUUUACAUUACAAGGACUGGCGCACAAAGAGCCGACAGUUGUGCGACGAGAUCUCUGCGGCGAUUCGGGUAAACAAAGCCGUCAUCAUUCGGAACAUAAGCACACCUGAACCUGCAACAUUGGAUCUAGACUACCUCGAAGAUCGCGGGAUGUCAGACUUAAUGCACGUCGUCAUACAUGAUGCUGAACAACGUACCAAGGAUUUCACGUUUCCCCACCAGCAUGCAACUCUUGAAGAGUUCGUGAACAACAUACACGAUCCUAACAAGAUCCAGUGUAUUCUAGAUGUUGGAUACGGACAAGGUGGUCUCCCGUCAGCUCUAAGCACUCUUGACAGCAGUAUCGUCAACAGAUGGAAUCAAACUACUGUUGACUGCCCCGUCGGUGAAAAGUUCCACCCGGAUAACUUCACCGUACACUCGUGGGCGUUGAUUCAUAGCCCCACGUUUUGGACACAUCCGCACCACGACUUGGAUGGUAGCCUGACAUUCGUGCAAGUCAAAACAGGCGAAAAAAAAUGGGGCCUGUGGCGACACAUUCAUGAGGACACGCUCACAUGGACCCACCUCUCCGAAAUAGCCCCCGAACUCACGGAUCUCUAUCAAAACCGCAAGAAAAUACAGGAGACUUGGCACGGAGAAAUCGUCACUCUCUUACCCGGUGACAUGCUUAUACAACCUCCAGGCCAAUUCCACGCGGUUUAUACACCAGUAACUUCAUUUGCCACCGGAGGGCAUUUCUACAACUACGAAACCAUGCAUCUAAUGGAACUUUCUCGAUACAUAGACCACAAGCAAGGAAGGACCCUCACGAACCAAGUCCACGAGCAUUCUCUGGAAACUUUUCAGUGA